AGCUGUCAAUAUGACUAGCUCUUUGAGAACAGGACAGGCUUUUAACAUGUAAAAAAUUCCUGGCAGCUCCCACUUCCUGAAAGAAGUGACGAUUUCCAGUUUGGUGUAGUAUAGAGUCACUCCUCUGAAGUUUCUUAGUUCUCCUAGAGAAAGAAGCUGCAUUGAGCAUUGAUUUCUUAUGACAAGGAACAUGCCUACAGAGAACCAACGCUUUUGCACUUUAUUAUCUUCCAUCUCCAUCUUUUUGAACUUGUUUCUUUUGCACUGCUAUGCUGCAACUUAUAAUAUAACUUCAUCCAAUCCAUUAUCACAAAAUGAAAUCCUUAUCUCCCCUGCCCAAGUUUUUGAGUUAAGCUUCUUUCAUCUUGAUAAUUCCACUAAUCAGUAUGUUGGUAUAUGGUAUAAAAACAUUGCUCCUCGCACAAUUGCUUGGGUGGCCAAUAGAGAGAAUCCAGUUAUUGAUUCAUUGGCAAGUCUAAAGAUUGGUAGUGAUGGAAAUCUGAAGCUUGUAGAUGGGAAUGAAGAUGUUUUAUCUGGACAGCAGUUAUGGCAAAGCUUUGAGCACCAAGUUAAUACUUUUUUACCUGGCGCAGCUAUCGAGUAUGAUCUUGAAACAGUUGAGAGACAUGUCUUGCCAUCCUGUAAAAGUAAUAAUGAUCAAUCACCAGGGGAUUUUGUCACUUACAUUGUACCACAGUCACCGCCACAAGCUUUUAUUUGGAAUGGAUCAGUGCCUUACUGGAGAAGCAGGGAGUGGAAUAAACUACAGUUUAUUGGUCUACCAGGUAUGGAUUCAACAUAUUCAAGAGCAAUCAGUCUUGUAUUGACUGAUCAAGAAAGUGGGUAUUUCUAUGUAAGUCUUAACACCACAGAGAGAGUUAUGGUCAUUUUAUCUGAAGGAACUCUAAAGAUAAUGUGUUGGGGGAAAGACACAGGCUGCAUAGCAGUUGCUAUCAACAACUUCAGCAUGGCUAAUAAACUAGGGCAAGGAGGAUAUGGGCCAGUUUAUAAGGCAUGGCAACUAUGGAGUAAAGGCAAGGAGCUAGACUUAAUUGAUGAUAAACUAGCUGACUCACUUUCCUCAACCGAAGUAAAGAGGUGCAUACAGGUUGCUCUUCUUUGUGUUCAGGACCAUGCUGAAAAUAGGCCAACCAUGGCAGCUGUGAUUUCCAUGCUAAGCAGUGAAACAGAGCUUCUGCAACCAAAAGAAGCCUUUUUUUACGUUCCACAAUCCAUCAAAAUUUGAUCCACCCAAAAGACAACAAUCCAUGCCCCAUAUGUGAGAUUACUAUGUCACUUGCUGAAGGCCAAUAACUUCUGAUUAGUGAAAACCCCACUCUUUUACUACUGUUAUUGUUAUUGUUAUUGAGAAUCAGCUGUUAGAUUUAAACAAAAAAACUAAUUCCAAAAUAUAUGAAUUUGAAAAAUGUUGAAUUAGUCUGUUGCUAUUGUAUUGCUGCUGUUGCUGGUGCAAAUCAUCAUCAUUCACUGAUUCUUAUUGGAUUCUAUGGCCUUUGAACUUGUACUACAUUAAUCCUAAUUGGUUGCUAUUGUAAAGUGAGAUGUUUAUAGCCUUGGCAUACUACUGGAGAUUGUGAGUGGUUAGAAGAGCACUAGCUUUCAUUCAUCUGAUCACCCCAGCCUGAUUGAUUACAUAAUUCUGUAAGCAGUUUUUAUCUAGACCAGCCUACUCUCAAACUAGAAACUGCACUUUUCUUACAAGCAACUAGAGCUGCAACACUAAUAAUAGAGUCUCAACUUGUUUCAGGCAUGGGAUCUUUGGAACGAAAAUAAGCCAAUGGAGCUCAAUGGUCUUUCCAUUAGGGACAUGUAAUUCCUAAUGAAGUUAUGAAAUGCUG